AUGCUCAUCUUACCGUGUGGGAUCCACAAUAAAACAACCACGGCCAUUCAGGGUCUCGGUGUUAGUGACGUGCCAUCUCAUCCACUUCCAAGCCGAUUGAAUCCUAACCAAGGACUGCUGGGCUCGGACGAGAAACAGGGUCGGCGGUCUUCCCUUUCGCGCUCAACGUCACCUGGUUCCGAAUUCUCGUGGAGUGACACAGGCGAUCUUGCAGAGCAACUCGCAGACGAGGAAGACCCGUUGCAAAUUCGACUACGAGCAUCCCUUGACGAAGAAGUUUUUGGCGGCUCUUCGAAGAGAAAAUCAAGAAAAAGAGUGCGAUAUAACGACGAGGCUACCGAUAAACAAGAGAAACAUUAUCAUCCUGGACUUGUUAAAGAGGAUAUCGAAAUACCAGAUCCUGGUCCUCGAAGAAUAACUCGAGCUGAGCAUAUUCUAGCCGCAAUCAUGUCGGGAGGUGAGAGGCAGAUGCACGGCCUGACAGGCCGGCCAUUAGUGUAUUUUACUAGUAUUUUUGUAUCAUUAGGUGUGUUCCUUUUUGGAUAUGAUCAGGGAGUUAUGUCUGGCAUUAUCACCGGUCCUUACUUCAAGGAUUAUUUCAAUCAGCCCUCUCGAGCCGAAGUCGGUACCAUGGUUGCUAUUUUGGAAAUCGGUGCAUUUAUUUCAUCGCUUGUCGUCGGAAAGGUCGGUGAUAUAAUAGGUCGAAGAAAGACAAUUUUAUAUGGCUCCUGCAUCUUCUUCGUUGGAGGCGCGCUUCAGACAUUAGCAACUGGCAUGCCUAUGAUGUUGCUUGGUCGUAUCAUUGCAGGUGUGGGUGUGGGUAUGUUGUCUACGAUUGUUCCUAUAUACCAAUCCGAGAUAUCACCCCCACAUAACCGCGGAAAACUUGCCUGUAUUGAAUUCUCGGGUAACAUCACAGGAUAUGCAACCUCUGUAUGGGUGGAUUAUUUCUGUAGUUUCAUCAAGGGAAAUAUGUCAUGGAGAAUACCUCUACUGAUGCAAUGCGUUAUGGGCGCACUUUUGGGUGUUGGAAGUUUGAUCAUUGUCGAGUCACCUAGAUGGCUUUUGGAUAACGAUCACGAUGAGGAAGGUAUGGUAGUUAUUGCUAAUCUAUAUGGUGGUGGUGACAUUCAUGACCAAAAGGCAAGAGAAGAAUAUCGAGAAAUUAAGAUGAAUGUUUUGUUGGCUCGUCAGGAGGGCGAGAAAUCCUACAAAGAUAUGUUUCGACGAUAUCGUACUCGUGUCUUCAUUGCCAUGUCUGCCCAGGCCUUCGCUCAACUUAAUGGCAUUAACGUUAUUUCAUAUUAUGCGCCGCUUGUCUUCGAAUCCGCAGGUUGGCGUGGUCGCCAAGCAAUUUUAAUGACAGGAAUCAACGCUAUCACGUACUUCCUGUGUACCAUACCACCAUGGUAUCUUGUAGACCGCUGGGGCCGACGCUUCAUUCUUCUUAGUGGCGCAAUAGCUAUGGUUAUAUCGCUAUCUUGCAUCUCUUACUUUUUGUUCUUGGACAUAAAGGCUACACCGACUUUGGUUGUUCUAUUUGUCAUGAUAUAUAAUGGCGCUUUUGGAUUCAGUUGGGGACCUAUUCCAUGGCUUUAUCCACCCGAGAUUCUUCCCCUCAGCAUUCGAUCCAAAGGAGCAAGUUUGUCUACCGCCACUAACUGGGCCUUCAAUUGGCUCGUAGGAGAAAUGACGCCUAUUCUACAAGAAUUGAUCACAUGGCGUUUGUACUUGGUUCAUGCGUUUUUCUGCGCAACCAGUUUUGUCGUUGUAUAUUUCAUCUAUCCCGAGACAGCUGGUGUACGAUUGGAAGAUAUGGACAUGAUAUUUGGUGACGCGACCACAGCAAUGCCCACACCAGCUACUAGAGCCGAGAGCGGGUCGUUGAUGGGCAUCAGCUCACCCGUUCCUUCUGUUGACCUGAGACGUGGUUAUGGAGGCCCAAAUGGUAUUGGACCUUCAAGUGCCAUUCCGGGUCUCGAUAUCGACCCACCCAAUGUUUCUAUCGUCAAUGGAAAGCCUCAAUAUGGGGCAGAUGAAGAGUCUGGAGAAGGUGUUGGAGGGUGGAUAUCACGUAUGGUGAAUAGAAACAAAGGCGAAGGAGACAGCAUCAAAAGUGGGAAAUAUAAGCCAUUAGAUCAAGACGAGGAAUAA